UGAGCCAGGUGUUGGAUUAGAGCUUAAACUUAGUAUCUGUUUGUUAGUCAAUAUGGAACGUACUUCCUUGACUUUACAAUUAAUGGAGCCCCAUUUUACCGCGCUUGCUAAAGCUGGGUAUUAUGAAAAGGUUUUCACUAAUUUUGGCAAUAGUAGAGUCAUUCUGCACAACUUGUAUCGGGUUAUUGUUUGGAUCUUAAUUAUUACUUAUAAUUUGCAGCACUUGAUUCGUGUUAUUCAGGUUCGUAAAAGCAUUGAUAUGAUAGUGGACAUAUUGUUCAUAUUGCUUACCACGCUCAAUGCGCUCGGUAAACAAGUCGCUUUCAAUACGAGAUCACAUCGCAUCAAACGCAUACUACAUGUUAUAAACGGGAGACAUUUCUCACCAAGAACUAGUUAUCAUACAAAAGUAAUACAAGCAAACGCGUUGGUAAUGUCGCGUCUAUUAACGCUCUAUCACAUAGCUAUUUUCUUAUGUGGAGCCCUUUGGACUAUAUUUCCUAUUAUAAACAGAGCCUCGGGCGCAACUGUCGAAUUUACCGCCUAUUUCCCUUUUGAUACAGCGACAUCGCCACGGUUUGAAUUAGCUCUCGCUUAUAUGUCUAUAUUAAUAACAUUGCAAGCGUAUGGAAAUGUAACUAUGGAUUGCACGAUUAUCGCCUUCUAUGCCCAAGCUAAAACUCAAAUACGAAUACUUCGGCAUGAUUUGGAAAUGCUGGUUAAAUCGAAAGAAAACACUCGUAAUGAACUGAAAUUAAAUGGCAGAAACAGACGAAUCACAUAUAAGGAUGAAUCUGGAGAAAAAGCUAAAUUGCAACAAGGUUUAGCACACUGCGUCGAGCAUUACCGCCAAAUAGCAUGGAUUAGUAAAGAGGUAGAGUCAACAUUCGGAGAAGCAAUGACGGUACAAUUUGUUAUAAUGGCUUGGGUCAUUUGUAUGACUGUGUAUAAGAUCAUUGGAUUGGAAAUUUUGUCAGCUGAGUUUGUGUCGAUGGCAAUGUACUUGGGAUGUAUGCUAGCACAACUAUUUAUUUAUUGUUAUUUUGGAACACAGCUUAAAGUGGAGAGUGAGUUGGUGAAUCAAUCGGUAUACCGCAGCGACUGGUUGGCAGUAAGUCCUCGGUUCCGUCGACAGCUGUUAAUUAUGAUGUGCUACUGCUCGCAGCCGAUAACGCCUCGCGCCGUCUACGUCAUCCCCAUGUCUUUGGACACCUACAUAACGGUUGGUAUUUUAUUAUCUGUUUAUAUCUGCACUUCAGUCGGUCUGUAUUACUAUCGGAGACUAUCACUUGUCUUAAAUUGUAUUUUAUACAUCACUGCUGAGAAAGUAGGUACCGGCUAUGUAAUACGGGAUAAGUCCACCACACUUAUGUACUUAUACAUGGUGUAAAAUUUACCACAUCACAUGUAUAUACAGGAAGACAGGUUAAUGUAAAUAUUUAGACAUCAUCAAGGGACACAAUGUUUUAGGAUAUGAAACAAAGAGAAUUCGAGUAGCCAUAUUGUUGUUCUGCGUGUAGUGGGUAAUUGUGGUAUGAUGUGCUACUUUUUGAAAUCGAGCUGUGAUAUGAAGAAUGUAAUAAUUAUUGAGAGACUGUCCAUUCAAAUUAAACUGGUCAAUAUAAAAAUAUUUUUCUAAUGUACAACAA